GGUAGCUAGAAUGACCCUCUUUUUUAUGCCAAGGCCAUUUCUCCUUGCUGACUACAGAUUACUUACAAGUUAUUACAGACAGGGAAAUAGAUUAAUGUUAAAAUAAAUAAAUCUAGUGCCUGAAUCAGGAAACUGGGAAGAAAACCCGAUGCUCUGAAUGCCCACAGUACUUAACAGUGUGGAUCACAGGAUUAAUUCUAACAUUAAAUAAAAUACUUUGGUGGGUUUCUUAGAAAAAAACAGAAAUUUUGUAUAAAAUUCAGCUAUAUGCUUUUGGAAAUGGAAACGCUUAGCCACAUCAAAGCAUCUGGCAUCAACACUUCCUUGGAAGAGAAAGGAAACUGAAUAUGUCUAUUGAAUGUGAGAACAAAAUAUCUUCUUGGCCAACCCAGUACAAAUCAUCAGUGCCAAGGCAAAGUGCUUUCAAAAAAGCUGGGCUGGAGACCACUAAGACUUAUUUUAAUCAGAUGUAAGGAAAAAGGAACAAUAUCAAGCUCUUAUUUCAUGUUAAUACUUGUCAGCUAAAACCCACCAAACAAAACCUCUGCAUACUUUAAAAAAGUUUAAUUGAUUAAACUGUGCUGCAAUUUGUCACAGAGCUGUUUAAUUUCAUUCUAGUUUUGAUAGAACUCUUGGAAAUCCUUAUUGAAACUGAUUACCAAAAGAUAAUGGUUUACCCUCUGAUCAGUUGUACUGUCCAGUACCUAAGUCUUUUACCUCUAAAUAACUCUAUUUACAAUAGUUUUUAAGGUAAGCAGGAACUAAGAGCUCUGUAAAGCUACUGAAAUUUAUUAUGGCUGAAAUGCAAGAGACCAAAUCUCACAGCACACUCUCCAUGCCUCAGCAAACACAUUUAAAUAUAGAUAAGAGGAUAAGUUUCUAAUAUACAUUUUAGUGCUUAUUCUCUGUGUUUGAACCUACAAAGAUAAAGAGCUGCUGCAGAGUAGACCAAAAGAACAAAGUCAUGGGACACAGCAACAUUCAUAUGAGGAGCCUAAGACUCAGGAGCUUAGAGUAUUAGUAAGAAGGGAGGAGAGGAAUAGGUGAGUGCUUACGAAAUAAGCUACUACUGUGCUAAGAAUCUGAAUCUUUUGUCUGCUUCUUCUAAACAAGCUGAUAAAUAUACCCAGGAAAGCACUUAUUGUACCCCAGUGAAAAUAAUAAAAUUUGCGUGUACUUCUGUAUCUUCCUACUUCCAGUGCCCUCCUCUGACAAAAUCCAAGACUGAUAACAAAAUUUUCAUCACGUUUUAUAAAAUUUCUGACCAUAUUUCAUUUCUUAUGUUCUAGUCAGUUCUAGAAAUUUCAUGUGUCAGUACUGAAGUAGUUCAAUUAUCUCCCUGUAAGGAAUAUGGAAACCUUUAUUUUAGCAUUGUUUCCAAGUACUUUUGAAAUUUUGUCAAGACAAACAAAAUUCCCCAAAGGAACAGAAAAAUAAUCAACCCACUCCCCUAAUCCAGCCCCCCUUAUAACAUUGUGAUAUUACACAUCUUCAGCAUUAGCACUUCUAAAGAGUUAUUGAGGUAAAGAGGAAAAGUUUUCCCUUUUAAUUAUUUUUUCUUUCAUUUCAAGGCAGUCUUCCUUUCACUCAGAAGAGUUUUCUUUCACUAUCCCAUCCCUGUAGGGAAGUACAAUUAUACUUUGACAUGUCUCUCUCAACUCUUCCCAGCUGUAAAUGAUGUUGGCAAUUCCAUAGGCUGUAGCUCUCUUGUGAGGCUUCCCUGCUGUUAGCUUGCUUUUUUUUUCUAUCUAGUAAAACAUAGUGGAUUUUCUGCCUUUUUCAUUAUAAAAGUAAUGUUAUCCAUGAAGUACCCUUUUACUUAAAUAAUCUUUUUUUUUUCAUUAUUGCUUUCUCUGUGAUCCAUUUAAAAAUCAGUCUUUGUUAAUGGAUCUAUAGCCUCUGAACAUAUUUUCUAGCCUCUCUGAUAGUAUUCUCUGAUCAUCUUCUCCUUUCAGGCAUGAUAAAAGGAGUAAAGGAUACAAUCCUUAUUCAUCCGGAAUUAGUGAAAGUGGAACGAAAUGUUGAGAUUUCUGUGAUGAUGAGAAUUCUGGGGCCAUUCUCCAAAGACUUCUCUCCUCUGGGUAUUUUGCAGUUGCAUAGACACCAUCUAAGCUUCCAAAAAACUCACCUGCUCUUUAAUGUAGCUCUAGGAAGAAAGCCAUUAAGAGCCAAGACUGUUAGCAGAAAGCAUGUCAGGCUUCUGCAAGCAGUACCAGUGCAUCCCACCUAGUCAAGUGUCUGACUCACGGGUAGUCUGAAGGCUUUGUAGUAUGUGAUGAUAUGACUAAUGGUGUGGUUUCCUUGUAUCUUGUUUCAUCCUCUCCUUGAAAAGUGAAUUACAUGCAAGGUGCCUUUGCCUGCAGUGUCUUUUUCUAACAUUUUGUUUUGCCUUCAUCUUCUCUCCUCUCUACAAAAAGAAAAUUGCUUCUAUAUUAAGUCAAGAGAUUUGUGACACUCAGCUGUUGAGAAUGUUAAUGCUGUUGUAUCAAACUGUUUCCCAUGAAAGUUUAACAAAUAAAGUAAUUAAAAUUUCUCAUGUAAUCUCCAUGUUUUAUUACUGAUUACUUUUAAAGUAGGAACUGAUAUGAAGAAGCCUGGUGUUACAUUAAAUUACAUCUCAGUUUUACCCUAACCAUUGUACACAAUUUGAAGGCUUGCUUCAACAUAGAGUCCAUCAGCUAGUCCAUGGUUCUAAAGUGCAGAGCAUAAUCGCUUCUCUGCACCUUCAUGAAAGGAUGCAGAACAUCCAAAUGUGUGAGGGAUGGCAGUGUUGCAGGAUUAUAUCAUAUCUCAGAGAGGGACACUUGACUUUACACUGCUGCAGUUAAAUGGUGCACUAAAUCUCUCCCCAUCACCAGCAAAGAGCUGCCUUGCAGAAUGGGAGCAAUGGGGAGAAGUGGCAGAUUUGUCCUGGUGUCUUUGUACAUUCACCAGGGUGAGGAGACUCCCUAUAGCACAUCUGCUUUUUCAUGUAACCAGCCCUGUGACUGCAUAACAGAUUUAACAUUGAGUCUUCCAAAGCUGCAGACAUGUUGAGAUAGUCCAAGUUAGAAGUAUGGUCUCUCUAAAUUUCUUUCCAUUUCAGCUCUAGAGGGGGAACAUAUUCACAAAACGUAGUAAUAUCCUGGGGAGCAUUAUGCCCUGCAGGACUCAGUAGAAAAAGGCUCAUAAUCCAUUUGUAUUAAUGCUGAGUAGUAUCUGUAAAGUGAGGCAACAGCCUACAGCAAUAAACAGUGAACUUUGUAAUCCACCAGCUCCAAACACGUUGAACUGACCAAUCUGCUAUGAAAACAGUAGCAUUUGCCACAAAUAUUUGCACAUAUUCGAUAAUACAAAAUUACACGUGGCUGAAAGACUAUUGAUUUUUUUUUUUCCUCUGCUUGUUUUGUUUCCCUAGAACAAUACAUUGCACAUAAUGUUUUGGGGCUUGUCCCUUCUGGGAGUCCAUGCUUUUUCAGAUCAGACUGAGUAAUUUUGAAAGUUGUUGCUGCUGUAUUGAUUUUCUGCCCAAAUCCAUUUUGCUAAGUAAACCGAUGGAGGAAGUAGGGCUUGUGAUCAUCUCACAGACACAAUAGCCAAGCCCUAGUCCUUUCCAAAACUCCGAGGCUUUAUAAUUUUCAAAUCUUAUUUUUAUUAGACCUAGGUGACCUGUAAAAUAGGAAAACCUCAGAUCUGCUGGGUAAGAUGGAAUAAAAAUAAACAAGUUUGCAAACCCAUUUUCCCUCUCUCCCUGUGUCCUUGCAGGAGCGAGUCCUUUGCUGUAAGCUUUUACUCCGUUAACUCAGACACUCACCAGCCACAAAAUUCCUCCAAUCCCUUCGUGUUUCAUGAGAAAAUGCCUGUAGUCUAUUUCCAGAAAGACCCAGCCUGCCCACACCUCUUCCCACAGGGGGCAAUCCAGCUCACUGUCCCGUCCUGGGGAGCUGCUGCCUCUGUGGCUCUUGUAGGUCCCACUAAGAGGGGCGACUGCGCUGCCUCAGGGCCCAGGCCCGGCCGAUGCAGCUCGCCCUCCUCUCCCCUCCCACCUCCCAGCCCCACUAAAGGCCUCCCUAGCGCUCUGCCUGCUCUGCCCCCCGCCCCAGGGACAGGGGCUCUCCGUGCAGGAAGGUCAGCCAGGGAGGCGAGCUGCGGGGGCUGUACUUUGCACAGCCGUUUCAUCAAUUCCUUGGGUUUGUUGAGUAUGUUCACCAUACCUCUUCUAGUCCAAGAAUAUUAUUUUUGCUUGCAGAAGUUUGUGGACAGGUGUAGCCAGCAUAUGAAGGUAACAUGCAUUUGGAACAGGAAUGAAUACAGAUGACACGAGAGCAAUAUAUAUUAGCAACACAGCAGAACAGCCUUCCAAGGACUGAACAUCCUCAGUUUUACCCAGUAGGGAUUUAUGGAUGGCGAAAGAGGUGCUUAUACUUCUUUGUCCUUCUGCUGUUGGUUACCAUGAUUGUUAAUUUAGCAAUGACAAUAUGGAUUUUGAAGGUUAUGAAUUUCACAGUGGAUGGAAUGGGAAAUUUGAGAGUCACUAAAAAAGGAAUACGACUUGAAGGAAUAUCUGAAUUUCUACUUCCACUAUAUGUGAAAGAAAUCCAUUCCCGAAAGGAUAGCCCACUGGUCUUACAGUCUGACAGAAAUGUAACAGUGAAUGCAAGAAAUCACAUGGGACAGUUAACUGGACAACUGACAGUAGGAGCUGAUGCUGUGGAAGCUCAGUGUAAGAGAUUUGAAGUGAGAGCAAGUGACAGUGGAAAAGUAUUGUUUUCUGCAGAUGAAGAUGAGAUUGUCAUUGGAGCCGACAGACUGAAAGUAACAGGCACGGAAGGGGCAGUGUUUGGGCACUCUGUGGAGACACCCCAUAUCAGAGCAGAACCUUCCCAAGACCUCAAACUUGAAUCUCCUACUAGAUCUUUGGUGAUGGAAGCACCCAGGGGAGUGCAAGUCAACGCAGCUGCAGGAGACUUAAAGGCUACCUGUAGGAAAGAACUGCACUUACAGUCCACAGAAGGGGAGAUAUUUUUAAACGCAGAUACAAUCCGCCUGGGAAAUCUACCAGUGGGGUCCUUUUCAUCCUCCUCCUCCUCCUUCUCCUCCUCCUCCUCACCCAGCUCUUCAGCCCCUCGCCAGACAAUCUAUGAGCUCUGCGCCUGUCCCAAUGUUCAGUUUGGUUUCCCUUGUGACAAGUUCGACACUUCAAACGGCCUGCAGAGCAACUUCUUCCACUGUAAGCAGGAAUACAGCGCUGCCUUCUCUCGUGGUUUGUGCUGCCACUCAACACAGAGAUGAGAGAGAGAGAUAUCCAGAAAUCAAUGUAUUCUUCAUCAGGAAACCUAGAACAUAAGAUCACCUUAUUUUCCAAAAGGGACAAUAACACAGGUGCCUUUGCUACUUGAAGUGAAGCACAUAGUUUUAGAUUUUUGCAGGACCUGGAUAUGAACUGCACAUAAAUAUAUAUCUAGAGAGAGAGAGAGAGAGAGAGUACAUGAAUUUUCCCAGAAUCUGAUGGUGAGAUGAAUUGGUUCCCCUUGUAUGAUAUAUAACUUUACUGUCUGAAAGCACAAUUUUCCAUUCAUCUUUUUGGAUGUAAACUUUUAUCCCUGAAUUUUAAAAUUUUAAAGCAUUGUGUGAUGCUUGCUUUACUAAACAAAUUCAGUAAAUGGUUUUUAAUACAAAAAGAGACAGAAUUCCUCCCUGAGUUUGGUUUCUUUAAAAAUGUGUUGUUACUAUUUGUCUACUAAGUCUAGGGUUUUGUACACUAGGUAAAUUUUGGAAGUGCUCAGCAAUAUUACUUUAAAAGUUAAAAAUACAUGCUCUUGUUUGUCAUAUCUGAAUGACCUUAUAUUUUCAUGACCAUUGCAUGUGAAGUGAUUGCUUUAAGUAGAACAUACAGUUUCUGGAAAAGAAGAACAGGGUAUAGAAGGAAAUUCUGAUGAUAUGUUUGUUGAUCAGUGUAUUACUCUUCACAAGGUUCUUAUAAUUGGCAAAUACAAAACCAAGAGAGAAAUCUUCAAAGGUACAUCUUGCCCAUUUUCUGACUAUGUUUAACUGCUGCCACUUGAACACAGUACAAACAUUGUUAGUAAUGUAAAGUGUGAUGCUGAGAAGCAGUGCACUAACAACUUGUAUGACAUUCACAUUUAUUAUUCUCUUUUGUUUACUGUCUACUGCUGAGGUUUCAAAGUAAUAGUAGUAUAUAUAAAAUCACAUAUUAAAUGACAUUCAGUAUUAAAAAGUACAUCGAUAUUACCUUGACUUUACCAGGUCUGUGUUUAAAUUAUGCAGCCACAUUUGCACUGAGAUCUCACUACUGACUUUCUUUUUUGACAAGUUUCAUGUGGGAUUUCUUUCUUGUAUCAAUGUUCAUAUUUAUGUGGCUCGAUUGGUAAUUGAAAUCUUAUAAGAAAUGCUUUGGUAUGCUGCUGGUAAAAUUGUCACAACAUUGAUUAACAAGAGUAUCUUGAAACUUGCAGAACCCAGGGAAGUAAAACAAUAUAAAAAUGUUUCCUAAUGUGGAAGAUGGCUUGAUUGUGUGAGGUAAGUAUUUUUUUUAACUCUAUUCUUUAAAUUACAUCACCUAGCUUGUAUUGUUAGAAGCUUCUGAAUCAAAGAUCACCAGUGAUAUGAGAGCUUUUGCAAAGUAAUUCUAAAGCCAGGGGAGAUGGUGCAAGGUGGGUAUUUCUACACACAUUUUUUUUUUUUUUUUAGAGAAAAUAAAUGAAUUUGAGUAAACUAGUAUGGUGAUUCCCUUGGCAUCUUAUUAACACCUAAUAAGGCUGACUUUGUUUUCACUUCAGGUGAAAUUCACUCCUAUGCAGAAGACCAGCACAAGACGUGUCAAUGGCUUGACUGGUGCUUGCCUUGCCAUUGGCCCUCUUCAGAGGUGUGAAUUUUACCUCAUGGCAAGAAUUCUGUAUUUGCUGGUUUUAGCAGUUAAAUGAAGAUUUUAAAUUUAUUAUUUUAUGCCUUCAAAAGAAGGCUGUUAACAGCUGACUUGUUGUCUGUUUGAGAUUGUUCUUCUUUGAAAGAAAAUAUACUAGAAAAUAUUGCAAGCAAAUAUACAUUUGAACGUGAGGAUUUUGAAGACAGUAGAAGGGACAAAAAGAGUUACAGAUGACAAAGAGGAUGACAAUAAAACAUUAGAAAGUGUAGCCACACAAGACACCCUCAUAACUGGGAUAUAUAGGGAUAUAGAUGUCUUUUUUUAUGCACACAAGUAGUAGAAUGGUAAAGUGAUAGCCAUGAAUUUCAGAAGGGAAAGUAUAAAGAUAUGUAUGAGGACACAUCUAUGUGUAUUCAUUAUCUGUGCACACCUACAUACACCAGUUGCUUAAAAGAUGAACAAAUAUAGUGACUUAUCUAAAUCUAUUUAUAUUUAAUCUGAAUUAAAAUGUGGCUUCCUACAAAUUGCAUACAAGUAGUAAAAAAGCUGAGGAGCUUUUUUUCUCCUCAAAAAAACCUGCAGGAUAUCUUGCAGAUAUUUUGUCAAGAAUUUUCCACUGAAAAAUUCUUAUUUGUUUGUUCUUCACCUUCUGAGAUUACUUACCUGUUAUUCAUUUAAAAAAGGUCUCUGUUCACUGAUGGAAGGACCCAAACUUAAUAAAUUUCACACUGACUUGGUUGGGAAUGGGCAGGUAGAAAAAAAAUAUAUAUUUUUUACUAGAUUAAUUUUAACAGCAAGACUGAAAUAAUUUGCCACUUUGAAUGAAGUCAGAAGACAUAUGUGGAUAAUACAUUGGACUCCUAAAAAACAAGCCAGUAAAUUCACGUAGCUCUGCACUGUCAGGAUAUUCAUUACUGGAGUCCCAUCAGUAUGAAGUAGAGUAUAUUUAAGACAUUCAACAACCUAUGGGAUAGAAUAGCAAGUUCUCAUAAUAUCUUAAUAAUCUGGUGAAUUUCUUAAUAUUGAUGUUUACUUUAAAUCCAUUGAAAACUGUAAGAAGGGAAUUAAACAUUUUUGAUUUCAAAAAGUAUUUCUAGCCCACAUGAUUUCAGGGAGUAUUGGAAAAGUGAUUUCAGUGCAUUAACCAUAAUGCCAAUUAAAAAAUUAAGAUGCCAUCCUUAUGACAACAAUGAAAUAUCUGCAAAGACCUUAUUGGCUACAUGUAUUUAAUAUAUAUGAUAGAUUUAUUUCCUGUAAAAAGUAUUUGUGUCAUAUUAUAGGAUACUGUCUCUUUCUUGUUUUUUCUUUUUUUUUAAAAAAAAAAAGAAGAGAAAAAUAAAAGCAUCAGCCAACCUCUCUGAGCACUGUCAGAUGUAUGGUUUGUAUUGCAGUUCAUUCAUUGGUUAAGUGUUAAGACCAAAGACAGACACUUCUAUUAUAUUCAACACUAUGACACUGCUGUUUCUACUAAUUCUGUUGGAAUGAAGAGAUGAAAAGUUGUAAUUACAACAUGAAAUGUAACAUAGUUUAGAUCUGUGCAGCAUUUUGAGCUGUAGAUUUUCACUUUUUUCCAAGGUUUAAAUUUUUUGUCGGUGUCUUGCAAUUACAUUACUAUUCAUGCAUAUGGGGGUCUUUUGGUGUUCCUAAGAAAACAUGCCAAGACAUUGCUUCUAUGAAUUGAAGUUAUACUGGUUUGCUUGUAAAAUUGGCUUGACUGGGUAAAAUAAUUUGCUUUCAACCAUUUUAGAUGCAGAGUUAAUAAGUCUGGAAGAUACAGCCAUAAAUGUCUAGAAGGAUGAAUGAAGGAUGUUUAAGAUAUUUGGUUCCUAACACAAUGUAUCUUUUAGGGUUUUUUGGGUUUUUUUGGCUUGUUUUGCUUUGUUUUUAGAUUCCAAAAAACUGCCAAAUAAAAAACAAAUUAAAAACCCACAAACUUGAGACUAUGGAAUUGUUAUCAACUGAUUCACUGUAAUGCACAUGAAAGUUGUAUGAAAAUCUGAGUGUCUUAUUGUUUCAAACACUACUCAGUAAAGGUCUGCUAACCAUU